AUGGCGGCGUCCGCUGGAGGGACCCCGGCCCCAGCGGUGGAGGCGCCGGCGCCCCAGCUGGAAGCGCCCACCGUGGAGCCCGGCUCGGACAGCAGAGCUGGUCAUCUCUCAUUCUGUACUAAAGUGUGCUACGGCGUUGGCGGGGUCCCCAACCAGGUGGCCUCCAGCGCCACAGCCUUCUACCUGCAGCUCUUCCUGCUAGACGUGGCACAGAUCCCUGCUGCCCAGGUGUCACUUGUCCUGUUUGGAGGGAAGGUGUCUGGGGCAGCUGCCGACCCCGUGGCUGGGUUCUUCAUCAACAGAAGCAGGAGGACAGGGUCUGGACGACUCAUGCCCUGGGUCCUGGGCUGCACGCCCUUAGUUGCCUUGGCCUACUUCUUCCUGUGGUUCCUGCCCCCCUUCACCAGCUUGCGAGGCCUCUGGUACACGACCUCCUACUGCCUGUUCCAGGCCCUGGCAACGUUCUUCCAGGUGCCCUACACGGCGCUCACCAUGCUGCUGACCCCCAGCCCGAGGGAGCGGGACUCGGCCACCGCGUACCGGAUGACCAUGGAGAUGGCGGGGACGCUGAUGGGAGCCGCCGCCCACGGACUCAUCGUGUCGGGCGCCCACGGGCCCCACAGGUGCGAGGACGCCGCGCUCCCCGGGCCGGUCGCCGUCUCCCCCGACGCGACUCGUCUCUACUCCAUUGCAGCCGCCGUGGUUGCUCUGACUUACCCCGUGUGCAGUAGUUUGCUCUACCUGGGCGUGAAGGAGCGACCAGACCGCUCCGCCCCCGCCUCCGGCCAGGGCCUGGGCUUCCUGGCUGGGCUGGGCCUCACUGUCCGGCACCCACCCUACCUGAAGCUGGUGAUCUCUUUCCUGUUCAUCUCGGCAGCCGUUCAGGUGGAGCAGAGCUACCUGGUCCUGUUCUGUACACACGCCUCCCGGCUACAUGACCACGUUCAGGGCCUGGUGCUAACCAUCCUGGUCUCGGCUGUGGUGAGCACCCCACUGUGGGAGUGGGUUCUGCAGCGAUUUGGGAAGAGGAUGUCAGCCUUCGGGAUCUGUGUGAUGGUGCCUUUUGCAAUCCUGUUGGCCGCUGUGCCCACAGCACCCGUAGCAUACGUCGUGGCCUUUGGAUCUGGCGUGAGCAUUGCUGUAUCCUUGCUGCUACCCUGGUCCAUGCUUCCAGAUGUGGUGGAUGACUUCCAGCUGCAGCACCAGCAUGGGCCAGGCCUGGAGACCAUCUUCUACUCAUCCUAUGUCUUCUUCACCAAGCUUUCAGGCGCAGGCGCCCUGGGCAUCUCCACUCUCAGUCUGGAGUUCGCAGGGUAUGAGGCAGGAGCCUGCAAACAGGCGGAGCAGGUGGUGGUGACCCUCAAGGUCCUCAUUGGUGCUGUGCCCACCUGCAUGAUCCUCACUGGUCUCUGCAUCCUCAUGGUCGGCCCCACUCUAAAGGAGCCAAGCCAGGACACCUCUCACCCACUGAGCCUUCGGAGAGCACCAAUCCCACUGCACGAGGACGAUCUGCUCACUGACUGGCUUUCCCGGGAGACUGUGGGGACUUUGAAGGCUGGGGCUGUGUUUGAUUCAUUUUUGUGUCCCAAGAGCCCAGCACAGAGCCUGAGGCCGAGCAGGUGCUUCAGUGACAACGUUUGGUGCUGUGAACUUUCACGAGCAGUGCCCACGUUUUUACUGAUGCUCACACACUUACAGAUACGAGCACAUGUACAUACAGAGGACUACACAGGGCAGGCGGGAAGUGGCAUCGUCCCGGGUCCCUCACUGCUCAGUGUGGAUGGCCUCAGACUCUUCAGCCACUAACACCAAGCUCCUGCGUUAAUCUCAGGGAAUGAAACAUGGCUGGGGCCGUGCCUGAUGGGCCUGGGAGCAACAGGGUUGUGGCUUUAUACACGGGUUGUGAAGGGGAGGAGUUGCUAGGAAGACAAGGAACUGACACUUCCAUAGGGGUCUGUGGCAGGACAGAGACCCCACUCCAUGCUCGUCCUUCUCUUUGGCUUCUUCCCCUCCUGCAGGAGGACCAGCUACAGCCUCGCUUGAAGUGUGCGACUUCUGUGAGCCGGAACUGCAGGAGCCAGCGUCUUCUCAGUCUCGUAGCCCCUCUACUUUGCAGUUUACACAUGGCCUGUAUUUUCCCCUGGGAUAUGGAGUCCUCAAUGAUGUCUCCUGAAGACACUGGCCUGGGAGGAUCCCCAUCUGUCAUUUCUUGCCUGUUGACCACAGACCAUCUCAGAUAGGCCGGUGCCCCUGCCUACCCAGCUCCAGGCAACCUUUGACCUGGAAAGCAUCCCAUUAGCAACUAUUCCUGGAAAAAGGAAGCCCGUACCAGCCUGGCCUGAAGACUCCCCGUGGGAGCACCUGGCCGGACAACCUGCUCACCUGACAGGACAGACACACAGACCUCUUGUUCCUUCUGAUGCUGCAGUAGACAUCUGAGAGAGAGGCUGACAGACACCACAUGAAUGGGCAGAGUGGGGACAGGUGGACGUGCUGGGGAUAUCCGGUUAGGAGAGACACAGACAGAUGCGGUGAGGCCAAGAGACCCCAGAGGGAGUGAAAGGGACAGCAGUGGGAAUGAGAAGACUGAGCAGGGCAUGAGAGGUCUUCUCAAGCCUUUCCCUUUCUUCAGAUAAGUUGACAACACUCUGUUUCUAGAAGUGGACACAGACUGAUAUCGAGCCACCAAAGAUCAAUCAUUGUUAUGCACAAAAGUUAUUUUUGUGGAAAUAUUUUUCUGAAAUUUUAUUUUAUAAAAGCACAGGAAGGAACUACAGUUUUCUAGAGGCCAUGUAAGAGGCAGGUUCCUUUUUUCCUUUGGAAGAGACAAAAAGUUGAGACUCUAGAGUUGUCCAGGGAAGCAGGCCACAGUGGCUCGUGUGGGUUGUGGCCUGCGGAGGAGUUGGGGAACCCAUGGGGGCCCCGAUGCCCCAGCAAAUCGUCCUAGAGGAGCCCAGACAUCUAAAGGGGGGACCAGGAGAUGCAGACUUGCCCCUUGCAUUUCUCCUCAGCCCCCAGCUCUGUCCCCUCCAUGGGGUCAGCUCUCCUGAGCCCACUACCCAGGGCGAGGCCCCCUUCCACUUCCUCUUUAGACCUCUGGCUGCCUCUUAGGUGCGAGACUCACACUCGGACAGGCUAUGCCCCUCAGAGCUUAAAGCAUCUCGCUUCCUCCACAUACACGGUAGCUCGAGAAGGAACCUGACCUCAGAGUGAGAGGGCAGAGUGUGACCUGGUCUGUCUGAUGCCUGAACUCUCUGGCCCUUGUGACACUGACAUGGGUAUCUGAUCCCUGAGAUCACAGCUUCUCGUCACUGAUUCAGGAAGGGGCCGACCCGAAGCACUGCUCACCCCACGC